AUGUCGGGCGCUUUCUAUUACCCGCGCCCAGCAGACAGUGUGCUGCAAUUCUAUUGCUAUGAAGGUGGUGGUGGCCCCGGUUACAGUUACACUUACGACAUCGAUCAGAAUGGAACGUAUUCCAUUCCACUACCGGUACUUGAGCAGGAUGUCAAAGACUGGGGCCUUCCCGUCGGAUGUGGAAUGAAACUAUAUGAAUUUGGAGAGGAUGGUGGUAUCACGGGCGCGGCGGUAACCGUCACCUCCGAGACUGACCAGCCCGCAUCGAUCUUUGCCAUGUCGUCGACUGUCACGUAUGAACGCAUCACUUCGAGCACCACGGCCACUCCAAGCCCGGCACCGAACUUUGUUAGCACGACGUCUUCAAUGUCUCCCAUGGCUACUUCCACCAGCCCGAUCAUCACUGUGGACCGCCCCAAUAGGGGUGGCUUAUCGACAGGCGCGAAGGCUGGCAUCGGCGCUGGCAUCAGCGUUGGCGCAUUCCUUGUUGCAGCAGCUGCAUACUUAUUGUAUCGCAACCAUCGCAAGAUGGAAGACUUCAACGCGCGACUCACCUACCAGUCUCAGGCUGAGAUGUACAAGCCCGUGGGUGUUGCAGUCGCGCAUCAAGAAGGCAAUGGUAUCAACAUUUAA